AUGACUCCUCUGCCCUCCAAUACAGACUAUCGAGCACAGAAGUGUAACUGGCACUUCAUCCAGCUUCUGACAACUCUGAAGUCCCCACAUGGCAGCGUGGUGCACUGUGCUGCCAUGAGGCGGAUUGCUGUGGCAUGCAUGCAGCAUGUAGAAUGCAGCAUGUUUGCGUUGUAUCACAGCACAGUGACCACUGUGUUGUCCCCACAUGGCAGCGUGGUGCACUGUGCUGCCAUGAGGCGGAUUGCUGUGGCAUGCAUGCAGCAUGUAGAAUGCAGCAUGUUUGCGUUGUAUCACAGCACAGUGACCACUGUGUUAAUGCAGUCUGCAGUGGUGCGAGAGUGCUUGGUGCUCAGUAUCUGGCUUUUCUCCGCUGUCCAGGCAGAAAAACGCUUCAAAGAUAUGGCAGAGUUCGGAAGGACUGGCCACAACUACCACAUACGUGGCUGGUCCCCAGACAGCAGCUCUUGGGAUGAGAAGCUUUAUCCUGCCUGGAAAUCUGGGGAUCCCAGAUGGGAGAACUGCUGGAGAGGUGGCAAAGUAGUGGCGCUGUUGACCAGUGACAGUCCUGCACUGAUAGGGUCAAAUGUUACGUUUGCUGUGACUCUGCAGUUUCCCAGAUGUCAAAAAGAGAAUGAAGAUGGGGAUAUAGUCUAUGAACGAGGGUGUGGAAAUGUUACCUUUAGUGAUCAGUAUGUGUAUAACUGGACCAAAUGGAUACCCUUCUGUAAUGAAGGAAACUGCAGUUUUCCCAACAAGUUUCCAGAUGGAAGACAAUUUCCUCACCACCAUGACUGGAGGCGCCAUAACUUCAUCUAUGUUUUCCAAACACUGGGUCAAUACUAUCAGACAACUGGAAAAUCUAUGGCUGCACUGUCAAUUAAUACUACAAACAUCACAGCUGGUGCACAGGUGAUUGAGGUGACUGUGUUUACAAGAGGCUAUAAAAGGCAUCAUCCUGUUGCUAAAGCAAGCGGCAUGUACAUUGUGACAGAUCAAAUUCCAUUCUAUGUGAACAUUUCCCAGAAAAAUGACAAGAAUUCCUCUGACCACCUCUUCAUCAAAGAUUCUCCAAUUGCAUUUGAUGUUAAAAUUCAUGACCCAAGUCAUUACCUCAUGACAUCUACAUUUUCUUUCAACUGGAGCUAUGGUGAUGGCAGUGGAUCCUUUGUUUCCAAUAACCCAGUCUCCACUCAUACUUACACCUUGUCUGGGAACUUCAGCCUGAACCUAACCAUCAAAGCUGCUGUUCCAGGACCCUGUAAACCAGUUACACCUACUCCCCUUCCUACAACACAGGCACCAACUACACAGUUGCCAACAACCACCAUGCCUCCUACCACUGCAAAUUCAACCGGAAACUCAACUGAAUUGCCACCCUUUGAAACUGAAACCUUUCCACUAAAUACAGAAGAACAUAAUUAUAGUACCAAUGCUAUCCCUACUACCCAUACUAUCGCCACAACCUAUACAACUACAGUGCCCACUACCCCUGUUCCUGGAUGCUUUAUCUACAGAUAUGGCGACUACAGCACCAAAAUUACAGUUACAGAUGGCAUCUUAAGUGUGAAUAUUAUUGAAAUGAACACUAUCAAAGUGUCCUCCCAAGCUGAAAACGCUUUAAUUGAUUUUGUGGUGUCUUGUGAAGGCAGCUUGCCUACAGAUGCUUGCACAAUUGUUUCAGAUGCUUCUUGCAUGAUUCCUCAGAACAUGGUAUGUGAUGAGGUCCCAGCUUCAGACCAGUGUCUACUGACCCUACGAAGAACAUUUGCAGAGCCAGGAUCAUACUGUGUCAAUAUUACACUAAGUGAUGAUGCAAGUCUAGCUCUUGCUAGUACCCUGGUCUUUGUAGAUGGUGGCUCCGGAACAAAUACUGUCUACGUUGUCCUGACUAUGUUUGGAUUGGCUGUCCUUGUUGCCACAGUGGUCGCUAUCAUUCUGUACAGGAAAUCCAAAGAGUAUAAGCCCAUAAGAAAUGCUACAGAUGAAAGCGGUGUUCAGAUCAGUGUGUACUUCAGACAAGUCAAAGAGACCUUCUUUCAUGGAAACAAUGAGCAUGAUCCACUUCUGAAAAACAAAGCUGGAAUUGUAUAG